AUGAGUGACAUACUGUGGACAUUUGGAUCCAAUAAGUCUCUGAUAGCUGAAAUCAGUAGAGAUGCUGGAAUCUUCUUUACAUAUAAUGGUCCUGACGAGAGAUUCCGAGACAGACUGAAGCUGGACAAUCAGACUGGAUCUUUGACCAUCAGAAACAUCACAACUCAACACUCUGGAGUUUAUGAAGUAAAGAUAAGUGGAGCUAGACUGACAUCAAACACAUUCAAUAUUUCUGUUUAUGCUCAUCUGCUUAUUCCUGACAUUACCAGAGAUUGUUCAUCAUCAUCAUCAUCAUCAUCACAGCAGAAAUGUUCACUGGUGUGUUCAGUGGUGAAUGUAAGUGAUGUGACUCUCUCCUGGUACAAAGGAAACAGUUUAUUGUCCAGCAUCAGUGUGUCUAAUCUCAGCAUCAGUCUCUCUCUACCUCUGGAGGUGGAAUAUCAGGAUAAAAACAGCUACAGCUGUGUGCUCAUCAAUCCCAUCAGCAACCAGACUCAACAUCUGAACAUCAGCAAACUCUGUCACACACGUUGCAGGUUUGUUGGUGUUAAUAUUUUUGUUAUUAAACUGAUCUCUUAGUUAUA